AUGGAUCAGAACUUCAUCAGAGCGCUGGUGUGGCCAGUUCUAGUGCGACCCUCGCCUGAGCAACAACAACUGAUGGACGCGCCUGCCUUACUUCUCGCGCUGCUGGUGGUGGCUGCCUCGGCAACGGACCUGUCAUCGUCUGCUGGAAUGCCCCGCGCUGGCGUAUCGCCGGAAACGUUUGUCCUACAAACGAACCUACAAACGAACUUAUUCUCAACCUGCGCUGCGGAGGCGAACUCUGUGUCAGGAAGCCUUUACUCCAUCGAGCUGGGCACCUCAGAGUUCGUUGAGCUGACAAGCUCGAGCACUCAAAACAUCACGUGGUUUAGGUUAGGUUAG